AUUAUGCAACAACGGGAAAACAAACUAACCACUUCAAACCCAGCUGGGUGCCAAUAUCAGUCUCUAUACAGUAGCUAUUCAAAACCUCCAACCAUGCAAAACACAAAACCUCAUGCAGCCUUACUAGCCAGCCCCGGCAUGGGACAUCUCAUCCCUGUCCUUGAGCUUGGUAAGCGUCUUGUGACCUACCAUGGCUUCCAUGUGACCUUAUUUGUCGUGGCAACUGAUGCCUCCACCACACAAUCACUUCUAAAAGAACCAUACCCUGAUAUCAACAUUAUCACACUUCCUUUAGUUGAUAUCUCUGGCCUAAUCGAUCCUGCAGCAACAGUUGUAACAAAACUGGCAGUAAUGAUGCGUGAGACCUUACCAAGCCUCCGUUCUGCAAUCUUGGCGUUGAAGUCUCCACCAACAGCUUUGAUUGUCGACUUAUUUGGCACCGAGGCAUUUGCUGUUGCUGAAGAGUUCAAUAUGUUAAAAUAUGUUUUCGACACUUCUAAUGCAUGGUUUUUUGCAAUCACAAUAUAUUUCCCAACCAUAGAUAGAAAUCUGGAAGACAAGCAUGUUAUUCAAAAACAGCCACUAAGAAUUCCAGGUUGCAAGUCGGUUCGGUUCGAAGACACUCUUGGGGCAUACUUGGAUAGGAAUGAUCAAAUGUACAUCGAAUACAAACGUAUUGGGAUUGAGAUGCCAAUGGCUGAUGGGAUUUUGAUGAACACUUGGGAGGAUUUGGAGCCUACUACUCUUGGAGCCUUGAGAGAUUUUCAAAUGUUAGGACGGGUCGCGAAAGCACCCGUCUAUCCAAUUGGUCCACUAGCUAGACCGGUUGGACCUUCGGUUCCAAGAAACCAAGUAUUGAAUUGGCUUGACAACCAACCCAACGAAUCUGUGAUUUAUGUCUCAUUCGGGAGUGGUGGUACCUUGUCAACCGAGCAAAUGGCAGAGCUGGCUUGGGGGUUGGAGUUGAGCAAACAAAGAUUUGUUUGGGUGGUACGUCCACCAAUAGAUAAUGACGCAGCCGGGGCAUUUUUUAACCUAGAUGAUGGAUCUGAAGGAAUCCCAAGCUUUUUACCGGAAGGGUUUUUGGCCAGAACCCGCGAGGUGGGACUAGUUGUCCCUUUGUGGGCGCCACAAGUGGAGAUCUUGGCACAUCCAUCUGUGGGUGGAUUUUUGUCACAUUGUGGUUGGAACUCAACCUUGGAGAGUAUAACAAAUGGGGUGCCUAUGAUUGCGUGGCCGUUAUAUGCAGAGCAGAAAAUGAAUGCUACAAUUCUUACGGAGGAGCUUGGUGUGGCUGUUCAACCAAAGACUUUGGCAUCGGAACGCGUUGUGGUAAGGGCGGAGAUAGAGAUGAUGGUAAGGAAGAUCAUGGAGGAUGAAGAAGGAUUUGGAAUAAGGAAAAGGGUCAACGAACUUAAGCACAGUGGAGAGAAGGCUUUGAGUAGUAAAGGUGGUUCCUCCUACAAUUCACUGUCUCAAAUAGCCAAACAGUGUGAGCUCAGCUUGCAUUUCCAGAAAGCAAAGGCUCAAGGUGCCUAGGCUGCAAAUUUAUUUACCCAGGAUGUUACUUAUUGUUCCAUUUAGCCAUGUCCUUCUAGCUACCUCCGUAACCAUAUACUAUUAAUUUCCAGCUUCAGCUAGUUAAAAA